AUGAAUGUUGAAGUAAAGGUCAACAAAGAUAAAAAGCCUUUAGAGACGGACGGUACGGGUUUUACUGCUGGACAAUCGUGUAGCCUCAUGAAUUUGAUUUGCGAUGCUGAAGUUCCUUCCGACGCUCCAAUAUGCAAGGAAUGUUCUGAUCAACUUCUAGUUGACAUGGAUCAACAGCUAAAACUUCUUGAGGACGACUGCGCGGCUUAUCGUCAGCUUAUUGAUUACUUGAAGGAAAAGCACUCAAAUGCAGAUAUCGCGUCGUAUAAACAAACACUACGGAAUCUCAAGGCUGAAGAGAGUGCACUAAAGGCCCAGUUCGAUCAGUUGUGUACAGAGGAGGCUCGUUUGGAUGCUGAGCUGAUGGAAAAGAAAGCAGCGCUCGAAGAGAAGACGGAAGAAGAGGCAAGUCGAUGGCGUCAAUUCAGAGAUAAUCACAGACGUCUCCUUGAUCUAGACGAGAAAACGCGUCACGCUGACGCCGAACUUCGGUAUGCUGCAGAACAGCACCGGCGUCUCGCCAAUACUAAUGCCCUGGAUCUCGUUUUCAAUAUUUGGGUUGAUCCUGCUGAUGGAAUUAUCGGAGAGAUAAACGGUUUUCGGCUUGGACGACUGCCAGAUCGACUCGUCGAUUGGCCGGAGAUAAAUGCCGCAUGGGGACAGCUAGUUCUGCUGUUAGAUGUGCUCAUGCAGCGUGCGGGUGUUAAGAGAGAUAAUUUCAAGCUCAUAACUAUGUGCAGCCACUCAUGUAUACAGUAUAAACGUUCCACUGGUGAAGAAGUGAGAUAUCCGUUAUUCGCAUCUGGUAGUUGGAAGCCGUUUGGAAACAACAACAUGGAUAGUGGGAUCAUGGCUUACUUGCAGUGCUUCGAGUUGCUCCGUACUACAUUACAG